CCAGGGCGACCCUCAUAGCCAACACAGGGCUCUGUGUCCUCCGCUGUAAAUAUUGGGGAAUCUUUGAACCACUCCCCCUGUUACUGAGAGUACUCCUGGCCACAGCUGACCCACCAACAUGGCCACGUCUCCCGUCAAAGACUUCCUGGUUACCUAUGUAAUGCCAGAAAAAUGUUAUGAGAGGAUUUUCGUCAGCUUUUACAUAAACGUGCCCUGCCUAAAGUUUGUAAUGAACAGAGCUGUAGGAUUAUGGAUCUUACUGGACACUUUCCUGGCACAGCUACUUCAGCUGUUGAAGAUACUGUGGAGAAGAAGUGCAGAUGGCCUGAGUCUGACCUCCGUGCUGCUGCAACUAUAUGUUUUCUCGUGUCCUGUUGUGUACGCCAUUGCCAACAACUUCCCAUUCUUUGCCUGGGGUGAGAGGCUCUUCGCCUUGGCCCAGACCGCAGCGAUUGUCUUCCUCAUCCUGCAUUAUCGUGGUGAAACCCUAAAAGGUAUGUUGUUCCUCUUGGCUUAUGGGUAUCUAAUGUUCCUUCUGGGCUCCUAUGCAGCAGCAGCAGCUGUCUCAGUGAUGCAGACCUCAAGUUUGGCAGCUUUAAUUGCAAGCAAGGUUCUCCAGGCUGGAACCAACUACUGUAAUGGCCACACAGGCCAACUGUCCACUCUGUCUGUGUUACUAUCGUGGGCAGCGUCUCUGGGUGUUAUCUUUGUGUCUCUGCAGGAGACAGGAAGCUCAUUUGCCACUCUGUCACACACAGUGUCAGCCUGUCUCAGCGGGGUCCUCCUGGCCCAGGUUCUCUGCUACAGGAGCAGCACCGCCACCUCUAGAAAGAAGAACGAGUAGAGGUGGAGGAUGGUGACAAAUGAACACUCAUAUUAUGCUGAUUCUUCCUGUCAUUUUAGGCAUAGCAGGACAUGUUUACAGUGUCUUUUCUAUAAAUAUGCUGGUGUUCUACACUCAGAUCUACUUUAAAACAAGUCAUGUGUCUGUGUAAACAAGAACUCUCAUUGUCAUGCUAUUUAAUCAUAUUAGACAUGUUAUUUUUGUAGUUAGUUUCCCAUUGUUGUGAGGGUGAGGGAAUAACAAAAUCUAUUGUCGCUCUGCAGUGAUUGAAAUAAGAUGACUUUCCUCUCAGGGGUAACACAGCUUUCAAUGGUAUCUGCAGGUGACAGUCAGUUGUUGAGUGUAUUUGGGUUAACUGCUUUCAAUUCAAGGACAAACUGACAGAGCAUCUACAACAAUUCUUCCUCAAAUUUCAUCUUGAGUAAUUCCUAAUACCGGGAAAGAAGUGCAGUCAUGCAGCAGACAUGAACAGACAUACAAGCUUUCGUCAGAUCAGGUCAUUUCACUGAUUAUUUCCUCCUCUGUGGGUGAUGGAACAUUCUUAUGAUGUUUCAUGCCAUGUCGUGUCACAUUUACUGUUGCUGUAGUUCUACUCGUACAGUUCCAAGCAUCAAACAGCUUCAGGAAAUGGGAUGAGGCGAGAUUACCCAACCCCUUACAGUAAACUGGAAGCUGGAAGUUAAGUGUUUUGCUUGAGUUGGUUUUCAGAAAUGAGUGUCAGUCAUUUCCUUGUUCAGAUCUCAGAGAUUUAACGCCAUCAACCUUAAAGUUACAAUGCAAAUCAAGGGAAAGAUUCAUUAAAGAGUGCUAUGCACCAGUAAAUCAAGUCAACGAUGAUGAUUAAAACACUCAUUUUUACCAACAUAUAGGAUUUGGAAUACAAUGUAACCUGUUGAUGGUUUUAGAUGUAUUCCUGAGCAUCAAUUGUGUGACUUUGGACUGGCUUCUGAGCUAAUGGCAGCCACUGUUGUGUUCAAUGUUGCUCAGUAACAUUCCAGACAUUUGUAGGAGCUCUGCUAAGACACACUGAGGUGACCAUGGCAGCAUAUGUGCACCAAUGACCCAUUAACCUUGUUUGUUUUGACAAUUACUUGUUUGUUUCCAUCCAACUUAACACACACAUACUAGUGAUGUGGCUCACCAGCUAUAAUAAACCAUUUCCUUGUGGGUUUUUACUGUUACACAUUUAUGGAUUUUCUUACUUUCAUACCUUUUUCAUAAUUGUACUCUGAACUGAAUUUAAUAAUACUGUGAAUUGUUUCUUAACAUUCAGUAAUAAAAUAAAAGAAUUAACAGAGUUAUCACCUUCAAUCACCCUUAUGUCUGGUCUGUUAAAGGACCGAGGCACAGGUAAACAUUAUCUGUGUAUACAUAAAUAAAAAUGGCCUCCUACUAAGGCUAUUAUGUUAUGUUUGCAUUUUAAAGCAUGUUUGUUAUCCAAAGCAUAGCACUGACUGUUACUACCAGUUUAGCAUUGAGAGGUGCACAUGCUACAGGCUAUGCCAUAAGGGAUCAUAGAGAAGAUAAUUAGUCUCAGCAUUUAAUGAUUUAAAAAACGUUAAAAGGUAGGGUAGGUAGAUUAAAGGACAACAGUUUAUGUGAUAGGGAUACACAUCCAAUGACAUUUACAUCUACAUUGCAUAAACAGUGUGUUGGGAUUGGCAUUGUGAGGAUGUUGACGUUGGUAUUAUAUCAAAGUACCACUGUCCACAAAUACAGCCGCUAGCAUUGCUGCAAUCUAUCAAUCAAAAUGAUGCUCAAAAUGUGGUCCCUUGAUAAAUGCAUAAGCAAUGUGGAAACACAGAGUGAUGCACUUUCUGUUCUCUAAUAAGUCAGUCGAUUGGGAAAUUCAGUCACACUUGAGGAACUGAACCUCAGGCCUGAACCUCCCUAAAUGCAAUUUGGGAUGCUUUAGUACUAAAGGUUGAGUAUAGUAUGAUAGCAAAUGAACAUUUCCUUUCUUGUCAUAUUCAAUUUAUCCUUUAUGAAACAAGGUAACACCACAAUGUCGGUCAAUAAAAGGUCAGAUAAUUUAUUUGCUCUUCAAGUCCAUUGUACAGAUAAAUUACAGAAAAUAGCAGAGUGCAUUCUGUAAGAAUUGAACACACAUAUUAUGCUGAUUCUUCCUGUCAUUUUAGGCACAGCAGGAAAUGUUUACAGUGUCUUUUCUAUAAAUAUGCUGGUGUUCUACACUCAGAUCUACUUUAAAACAAGUCAUGUGUCUGUGUAAACAAGAACUCUCAUUGUCAUGCUAUUUAAUCAUUUUAGACAUGUUAUUUCUGUAGUUAGUUUCCCAUUGUUGUGAGGGUGAGGGAAUAAAAAAAUCUAUUGUCGCUCU